AUGUUCAAAAGUCCAAGUAAAUCAAAAAAUAAGCAACCUCUGCAGCAACAGAGUCAGCAACUUCCCCAGACGCAACCAAACUAUAGGCAACAUCAAUCAAGAUCCUCCAUUGAUCAAACUAGACAACAACCAUAUAUAAAUACCACCUCAGAUCGUAAUGCAUCUUCGUAUUCCACAAACCAAGGAUCUGCUUCUCCAUUAAGACAUUCUUUCAAUUUAAUGGAUCAAAGUAAUUAUUCAAAUAAUUCAAGACCAUUGUCCCCAAGUCAAAAUAGUCAACAUUCCAAUUCUGAACAACAAAGAAAACAAACAACUGAUAAAAUAAUAUAUGAUUGUUAUUCAAAAAGAAGUGCAAAUGGUGCUCCUGAAAUUUCGUAUAUUGCACACAUUGGAAUCCAAGAAUUUUCACAUUUUCCAAGUCAACAACCUCCACCGAGUUCAGAUCCUGGACCAAUCAAAAAAAGAAUUUUAGUAUUAUGUAAAAAACAAUCAGGAAGAUUACAAUUACAAAAAGGUAAAUAUGCAGAUGAAAAAAAUGUUUUUCAAAUUGGAAGAACUUGGGAUUUGACUGAAUUACUGGCUAUUACAAGAAGUGGCUUUGAUGGGUUUACAUUAUCUUUGAAUAAAGAUUAUUAUUGGAAAUGUGAUGAAGAUGAUUCAAGGAUUUGGAAAUUUGUUCGUUAUUUAUGUCAAUCAUACGGUGAAGCUAAUGGAAGAUAUCCAAUUUUGAAUGGUUAUAAAUUAGAUGAUUUGAUGUUAACAGCAACACCAAAAAUGUCACCAGCUCAAGCAUCUUCACCAACUUUCAAUUCAUUUGCUCAACUGCCAACAAGACAGCAAAUUCAACAACAACCACUACAACAGCAGCCACCUUUAUCCUCACCAGAUAAGAAGAAAUCACUAAAACAAAAGUUGACAAAACCAUCAAUUUUUUCACAUGAUAAAUCACAUAACAAAGAUGUAUCACCAACUCCAGCUUCAGUUGCGUCAUCUUCAGCAUCAACUCAUUCCCAUAAAAAAUCACUCAGUGGAAGUAAGAUUUAUAAAGAUAUGGAUUUUACUUCAAACGGUCAAUUACCACAAAAGCCUAUGCGAGUUAUUCAAAGAGACGCAAGUAUAACUACUUCUUCACCUUCAAUUCAUUCAUCAAUACAUCAAGAUCACCAAUCAUUUAACUCUCAUCAAUCGAAGGAACAAUCAAAACAUGAAUCUUCUCAAAGUGCGAAAUCUGUGCCGAUUAGUCAAAAUGAUGCAUAUUCUCAAAGACAAAGAGAUAGUGGAAGUAAUAAAACUCCAGAACCACAAAGAUCAGAAUUUACUAAUAACUUACCUACUAAAGAAAAAUCACAACAUCCAUAUCAAGUAAGAUCGAUGAUACCAGAUGAUCAACGAAGUGUAAAUAGUGAUGCAAAUAGUUUUGUUUUUGGUUCAAGUGAUCUAAGCAACAAAGAAAAAGAUUCUAAGUUUCAACCCAUGAAACCACUUGAGGAAAAUAAAUCUAGUUUCAAUCAUAAACAUCAGAAUCUGACAACAUCCCAACGUUCAGGAGAAGAAAUUAUUCAAGAAUUUAGUCAAUCAAUUCCUUCUCAACAACAACAACCUAAAAAACCUAAAAUGGCAGCUUCUGCAUUUUCACCAGAUUUUGGUAUUGAGGAAAUUACUGAUGAAAGUGAUAAUGAAACAAAACCUGGAAAAGGGAAUUUUAUCAAGAAAAAUUCUAAUCCUUCAUCAAUUAAAAAUAAAUCAACGUCUCAAACUGAUAUUGCUGCAAAGACUCAUUCACGCCAAUCUUCUGAAGUAGGAAUCAACAAAAAUCCAUAUGCUAAUAACAAUAAUUAUGAUGUUGAAAUUACAAAAAAUCCAUAUGCUUCAAAUAUAAAUGAAACUUCACGUCGACCUUCUGAAUUUGAUAACAAAAACCCAUAUACUAAAUCUGCGUUUGGUGAGGAAAAAGGAUUAGGAAUACAAUCUGCAAAUUCAUCAGCAUUCAUUGAGGAAUCUACAAAAAUUCAAUUACCAAUGCAGGAAUUAAACGAUAUGAUUGAUAAUCAUAUAGCAAGUGGAUCAAAAAAAGAUGAAUCAUUUGAUUUUGAUGAUAAUUUUGUUGAUUUAAAUGAAGUGGAAUCUCCUCAAUUACGUACAAAAUCAACAACUUCAAUUAAUCGCGAGAUAAAACCUAGUAUUUCAAAGGUACCUUCCAUAUCAUCUAAAGCAGUGGUUGAUAAUUCAUCCACUAAUUUUGAAAAUGAACCUGAAUUAAAAAUUUCAAGAAAAAAACUGACACAACCAUCAUCAUCAAUCCCAAAACUUCCAACUUCGGCACCAACAUUAUCAAAUUUUGAAAAAGAUUUUGAAACUGAAGAAAUGUUUAAAGAAAUUGGUUGGAACCCCAAAAUGAAUGCUAAUUCUUUAUUGAAAAACCUAAAUAAAGAAUUAAAUAAAACAAAACAAGAAACUGUUAAGAAAUUAGUAAAUAUUGAUUUAACUACAACAUCAGCAAAUGAUACUGUUAUUGCUUCAAAUGAAAUUUUAAAUAUGUUACAUAUUUUUCAAAAAAUGGAUAUUGGGUUUAAAAUGUUAAAUAAUAAUGUUCAAAUAAUUGACAAAGAUUCAAAGGGAUUACAAACAAAAUAUUUAAAUAAAAAAUUAUUAUAUAAUGAUUUACAAAGUAUAUUAUCAAAAAUUUCAAUUGAUAACAAAGAUUUAAAUGAUAUAAGUGAAUUCAAAAACUUUGAUCAUAUAAGUUUAAUUGGAAAUUUAGAAAUAAAAUUAUCUCAUUUAUAUAAUGCUAUUGUUACAAUUAGAUCUGAUUCUCAUUCUAAUAAUAAUGAAGAUUUAAGUUCAUUAAAAGCUUUACAACAAUACAAAUUAAAAUAUGAAAAUGUUAAUCAAAAAUUUGUACAAAAUUUUACAACAUUUAUAAUUAAUAAAAUUACUCAAAUUGGGAAAAAUUUGAUGAAUAAUUUAGAUCAAUUUAGUCUGAAUAUAAUUUAUAAAUCAUUGGUUCAAUUGCUAGUUUAUAGUGGGUUAACUUAUUAUAUUAAAGAAAUUGGCUGGACUCAAUUUAAUGAGAUUAAACAACAUUUCAAUCAAACUUUCGCAUCAGUCUUAAUUAGAAUGUUAUUUACAAAGGUACAAAAUAUAAAAAUGGCACAAAAAUCACAUUCUUAUAGUAGUGGAAGUAAUUUAAACUCAGAAAUAGAUGAAUUACCAACAACUCCAUUACAAUCAAGUGGAAGUCAAUUUAAUAAAUCUUCAAGUAGACGUAGAUCAGAUAGGACUUCAAUGUCACCUGGAUUAUCUAAUUCAUUAGAUGAUUUAUAUGAUGAAGAUGGUUUAGAUGAUGAUUUUGCACCAUUAAGAAAAUCAAGAGGUUCAAGAUAUUCAAGAAAAGGAAGUUCUAGAUAUGGAGGUGCGAAUAGUAGUAGUAGUGGUACUUUUACAUCAGAAAGAGAAGAUGAUUUAAAAAGAAAACAAAAUAUAGAAUCUAUAAAAAGACAUAUAUUAUCAAGAGGUUCUAAUAAUGAAGAUGAAUUGGAAGAUUCUAAGUCAAUUAUAGGAUUAAUUGAAGAAUCGAAAACCAUAAUUAUGGUUUUACAAUAUUUUUUUGCUUUAUUUUUCCAUUAUGAUGUAAAUUCAUUAGAUUUUAUUGAAUUCUUACAUCAAAGUCCAUUUACAAAAAGAGAUGAAUAUGCAAGUAAAUCUAAUCCAAUAACAAUUAAUGAAUUUAUUGAUGAUAAAAAUGUUAAUUAUAAUGUGUCACAGGAGGUGUUAGAAAAUUUAAAUUUUGUAUUUGGAAAAUUUAUAUUUGAAUUUUUAAAAAUCGUUACACCAAUAGAUUUAAAUUUACCAUUAAUAUUAUUAAAUUUAGAAGAUUCAAUAAAUCAUGUUCAAAAUAAUUUUAUAAAUCAAGAAUUUUUAAUUUAUAAUUUUUUAAAUAAAAUUAAUGAAAAAUAUCAAACUCAAUGGUUUAAAUUUAUAUCAAUUCAAGUUGAUGCAAUAAAUAAUUCAAUAAUUAUCCCCAAUAGUGGAAUUUUACCACUGAUAAAAAAUAUUAAUUAUUUGAUUUUAAUUACUGAAAGUUCAAUUGAUAAUCGUGAUAUUAAGGGAACCAAAAUUAGAGAAAUUAUAGAUAAAUCAUAUGAUAAAAUAUCAAAUUCAUUAAUUCAAUUAUUUAAUAGAAUUGAUCCAUUAACUUCAAAAUCUUCAAUAGAUCAACAAGAUUUACAAAUUAAAAAUGUUUCAAUUUUAGAAAAUAUAUUUGUUAUAUUACAACAAAUAAAUGAAAUAAAUUCAUAUAAUCAAGCAACAAAUAAAUUAAUUGAAAAAUUAACUUCCAUAUUUAAUAAAAUUGAAUCUCAAUAUUUUCAAAAAUUAAUUCAAAAAAAUUUUGGUCCAUUAAUUGAAUUUAUAAAUAAUGAAGGUGAUAACAACAAAAGACAACAAAAAUCAAAUCAUCAUAUUCAUAGACCACAUUUUAAUCAUCAAAAAUCAAGUACAAAAUUACUUUUACAAAAUUAUUCAGAAUCAGAAAUUUCAUUAAAAAUUGAAAAUUUACAUAAUAAAAUUUCAAAACAAUUUAAAAAAUCUUAUGAAAAUAAUAGCAAAGGUAUUAGUGGUAAUGAUAAUUUAUUUACAAGAGAUUUAAUUGAUAAAAUUUGGAUUGAUUUAGAAAAUUUAUUUAUUGAUUAUUUUACAAAAUUAUCUAAAAUUUUAAGAUCUGAUAUUGAAAAAGAUUAUAAUUAUAGUGUUGGUAGACAAGAUAUUCAUCAUAUUUUUAAAUCAAUCCGUGGUUAA